AGGGUGAAAAACACCACGAAGGAGCACCAACUGUUUCCGGUGGGGGAAAUAAAACUGUCGGACUCUUUACCCGGACGAGGAAACUCCGGGUUUUCAUCUGAAUUUCAUUUUGGCCCUCCACCACCACCAUGACAGCUGUUGUGAGAGGUUCAGCCAGUGGGCCUAUACGAGUUGCUGGUGAUGGCAUGGAAACUGAAAAACCACCAGCUAACUUAGAGGUUAACACAGAUGCUGUUUCAUCUGAAGUCUCCCUCCUCAAGAUAGCCAGUCCAAAGCUCAGCCUCAAAUCUCCUCAUGUCGCGGCCCUUGCUGCUCCGCAGCCUCUCGGUGUGCUCCACCUGGGCAAGGUGAGUCGAGAGGCCUGCACCGAGGUGGACGCGGUGAGGAUCAUCGUGCCGAGAGCUGCCAUCACUCGGACUGGCCGGGCAGGACUCGCUGAGGGGAAAGGAGAGACAGGGCAACAGGAUAAAGAGCAGGGUUCUCCUCCCCUGCCUCUUGUGGAGGACUGGAGAGGACAGCUGGAGAAACUGCAGAACUCUGAACGCAGACUCCUGCAGGACAAGGAAGGACUUUCCAAUCAGCUCCGCGUGCAGACAGAAGUGAAUCGUGAGUUAAAGAAACUGCUGGUAGCAUCUGUGGGUGAUGACCUGGAGUACCAGUUUGAGCGUUCAGCACGGGAGAGAAAUCAGCUCAUCUUAGAGAACGAGGCUCUGGGCCGGAGUCUGGCUCACACCGUGGAACAGCUGGAGCGCAUGAGUAUUCAGUGCGACGUCUGGAGGAGCAAGUUUCUGGCCAGCAGAGUCAUGGCAGAGGAACUGACAAAUGCCAGAGCAGCUCUGCAGAGACAAACCAGAGAGGCACAAGGAGCGAUUCGUGAUCUGUUGUUAGAGAGAGAAGAGUUCACGCGAGACAUGACGCUCACUCACAG